AUCACCCUAUUUUCAUAAAUCCUUAUCAGUCGUCUCUCUCACUCACGCUGUUUUCUCCUAUCAACAUGACUAUAUUUUUACCUACUUACAUUUCAUUUCAUUAUAUGUAGUUAUAGAGUACUACAAUAUAUUGGUAGCAAAGGAGAGAAAUAAAAAUAUAUAGAAGGCUCGUUCGUUGUGGUCGGUUCUGUCAAGCAACGGCGUUCCACAGUCCACACACACGAUAUGGACUCACUUUCACAUCUUUACUGCUCCAAAGCCCACAUCUCUAUCUUUCUCCUUCUUCUUUUCUCCUCCUUUUACUCCUCUGAAUCUCAAUCCUUCAUCGGCAUAAACUAUGGCCAAGUCGCUGAUAACUUGCCGGCGCCAGAAGCCACGGCGAAGCUCAUUCAAUCAACCACUAUCCGGAACGUCCGGCUUUACGGCGCUGAUCCGGCCAUCAUCAAAUCACUUGCUGGAACCGGAGUCGGAAUCGUUAUCGGAGCAUCCAAUGGCGACAUCCCGCCGCUCGCCUCGGAUCCCAACUCGGCGAUUCAAUGGGUCAAUUCGAACGUCCUGCCCUUCUACCCAGCCAGCAACAUCACCAUAGUCACCGUCGGGAACGAGGUCCUGACCUUUGGCGACCAGGACUUGAUCUCCCAACUCGUCCCGGCAAUGCAAAAUGUUCAAAAUGCCCUUGCCUCUGUUUCUCUCGGCGGUAAGGUCCGGGUCUCGACUGUACACUCGAUGGCGGUGCUGGGCCAGUCGGACCCUCCGUCCUCAGGUCAGUUUCGACCCGAAUUGCAAAACACUCUAAAGAGUCUGCUGACUUUCCUGAGAGAUAAUCACUCGCCUCUAGCCAUCAACCCGUACCCGUUCUUCGCGUACCAGAGCGAUCCGAGACCGGAAACGCUGGCGUUUUGCUUGUUCCAGUCUAACUCGGGACGAGUCGACUCCGGAACCGGAAUUAAGUACAUGAACAUGUUUGAUGCUCAGGUUGAUGCAGUACAUUCAGCGCUGAAGGCAAUGGGUUUCAAGGAAGUUGAGAUAAUGGUUGCAGAGACAGGAUGGGCAUACCGUGGGGACGCCAACGAAGUUGGAGCAAGCUUAGAGAAUGCCAAGGCCUAUAAUGGCAAUUUGAUUGCUCACCUUCGAUCUUUGGUUGGCACGCCUUUAAUGCCUCGAAAGUCUGUCGAUACCUACAUUUUUGCUCUCUAUGAUGAGGAUUUGAAGCCCGGCCCAGCCUCUGAACGGGCUUUCGGCCUUUUCAGGCCUGAUCUCACCAUGACCUAUGAUAUUGGUCUCUCCAAAACUAGCCAGACUCCAUCAGCGACUCCAGUGAGUCCAUCCUCACAACAAUGGUGUGUGCCGAAGGCAGGGGUGUCGGAUGCACAAUUGCAGGCCAGUUUGGACUACGCAUGUGGGCAAGGCGUCGACUGCGGGCCCAUCCAAGCGGGAGGGGCCUGUUUUGAGCCCAACACUCUUGCUUCCCACGCUGCCUAUGCCAUCAAUCUUUACUAUCAAAACUCUCCCAAACACCCUUGGAAUUGUGAUUUCUCACAAACCGCCACUCUUACAUCUGCAAAUCCUAGUUACAAUGGUUGCACUUACCCUGGUGGCGGUACUUAAACUGGAGAAGAUUAAUAGUUAAUAUGAUAUCAAAUAAAGCAUUAAUAAUCUUUCAAGGUCAAAUAUUGAGUGUAUUUUUAUUUUUGUUAGGAAAAAGUUGAAGUCAAGGUCAAGAGUACGGUUUCUUUAAUCUAUUUGCCCUCUAAUUGAGUCAUUGUAGAGAUACCUACUUCAGUUUGAGACUUCUAUGUGAUUGUAAGCAAUAUUACUAAAUUAGUUUUAUUUUUAUUUUUUUUA